CUGUGCUUCUGUCCUGUAGGUGUUGUAUAAAGACAGUUCAGCCAAGGGGACUCCUGUGGUGUUUACCCCAGAGAUGGAGCGAGUCAAAAGGAACCAAGAAAACAUUAGCUCGGUGCUGUACUCCGACAGUUUCCGUAAGCAGGUCCAGGGCAAGGCCGCCUUCGUCCUGGACACACCUGAGAUGAGACGCGUCAGGGAGACCCAGCGCAUCAUCUCUGGAGUGAGAUACCAUGAAGACUUUGAGAAGAACAAAGGCAGCUUCACUCCCACCACGUCUGACCUGGUGACCGAGCGCGUCAAGAAGAACACUCAGGACUUCAGCGACAUCAGCUACCGCGGCAUCCAGAGGCGCGUGGUGGAGAUGGAGAGGAGACGUGCCAUCGAGCACGACCAGGAGACCAUCACCGAUCUGCGUGUGUGGCGCACAAACCCCGGCUCUGUGUUUGACUACGACCCUGCUGAGGACAACAUCCAGUCCAGGAGUCUGCACAUGAUGUCAG